GGGGAUGUUUUACAUAUCAUUGCAGCUAACAACUACACUGAACACCAUCAGAACCAAUCAAGGGAAAUUGUGAGGAUGUUGCUGGAGAAUACUGUGUGUCCUCAGAGGAUUUAUGAGAUGCAAGAGGACUGUCAUCUGUGCCCUGAAUCAGAUGCUCUCAUAUUAAUUGCUGGAGGAGAUUUAGAAAGCUUCCUUAAUGAAGGAGUAUUCCAGAAGAUUUCCCUCAUUCUUUUGUAUUAUAUAACUCAACAAAAAGACAUCUGUCCAUCAACAAUCAGUUUGAAGGACAAGGAUUACAAAUUUUUCCUGAACAGUAUGCUCAAUUUAAGGCACAAUGAAGACAGCUAUUAUUUCUCUUGGAAUGAAAUGGAAGAUGUCCUGGAAGCAAUAAAAAAGCAUUUUAAAAUAUCUGAAAACCAGUGUCUUCAUGUAGGUGUUCUGGAGAAGGAAGUGGGUACACUGCAUCGCAACGGUGCUGAUGAACACACCAUCCCUCGGUUGGCUGCUGCCCUUCUGAAGUUGGCUUUGCAAGGGAUCUGCCUGGGUGAAGCACAUUUGCCCUCACCAGAAUUCUUCAUGAAAUAUAUUUUCAGUUCUCUGAACAGCACCACUGAACUCCAUGUAAGAGCUAUAGACCAACUCCUGAGCAUGCUGGGAGCUGGGAAGAAUUGCAACACAAACAGUCAAGCUUGCUGUGGCAUAACGGGGAGAGACGCUGAGUCUGUUGCAAGAAGGCCAAAGAAUGGGAACGCCAGAAGCAGUUAUGAUGAAGAUAAAGGAGACACUGUUGCGUGGGAGCAGACUUGUUUCUCUGCAAAUGAACUUGUGAAGAUAUUUUUACAUGACAGUCAUCUAUUAAUUUCUAAGGAACAUUUCAAGCAAAUGAGUCCAGCAAUCAUUCAACAAGUUUUGAGCUGUUCUUGCAAGUUUAUGGAGUUCAAACAAACAAAAGCUCCACCAACCCCUCUGGAAAAAUAUGGCUAUAGCACUCUUGCGGUUUUGCUUAUUACGGUUGGUUCGAUGUUUGGGACAGCUCUUAUUCUGUUUAAUUCUUGUCAAGAAUGCUAUACCCUCAUAUUACAACUAUUUGUAGGGUUAGCUGUAGGAACUCUCUCUGGAGAUGCUCUUCUGCAUCUUAUUCCACAGGUUCUUGGUUUGCAUACACAUGAUCUUCAAGAGUCUGAGGAUCUAUAUGAAGGUAAAGCACAUAUAUGGAAGAUGUUGGCUUUGAUUGGAGGAAUCCAUGCUUUCUUCCUGAUUGAAAAAGGGUUUGUCCUUUUGGUGUCACCACAUGAACACGUUGGAUUUACAGGGAGAAGAUGUGCUGAUACAAUAUGUGCACUUACUCUGGCUCCAAUUCUUCUAGGGCAAACAAUUGGCUUGUUAGCGAUCAUGGUGCUGGUGGGUGACAGUCUUCACAAUUUUGCUGAUGGCUUGGUCAUCGGUGCAGCGUUUUCAUCAUCAACAGAAAUGGGCACAACCACAACCAUUGCUAUACUAUGCCAUGAAAUUCCCCAUGAGAUGGGAGAUUUCGCAGUGCUGUUAAGUACGGGGCUUUCUUCAAAGAUUGCCAUUUUAAUGAACUUCUUAAGUGCCCUAACAGCUUUCAUAGGACUCUACAUUGGCCUUUCAAUAUCGACAGAUCCUCGCAUUCAAAACUGGAUAUUUACUGUUACAGCCGGAAUGUUUUUGUAUUUAUCAUUAGCGGAAAUGCUUCCUGAAAUGACUCACAUUCAGACAGAGCGACCGUGGUUGAUGUUUCUCCUCCAGAACCUUGGAUUACUAUUAGGAUGGCUUUGCCUCUUACUUUUAGCUAUAUAUGAACAGAAAAUUAAAAUAUAA